AAAUUGGAAUUUCUAGUUAAACGAGUAACAUUAAAGAAUUCCGAAGAAGGAAACCAACAGAUAAUGAGGAGACAGACCGUUAAUUUAUAUACAAUGGAACUUCUUCAAUAAUAAUUCCCAACAAUAAAAUAAUGUAGUUUUGCGAUUAAUAUGAUUAAAGAACCUGUAUUGUAAAGAUGAGUAACCUGUACUCAUAAAUGUCAGGAAAAUAAAUUGACUGGUUUAGGUUAGGUUAGGUCUUUUCUUUUGGAGAUGAGACAAAAAAAAAACCAGUUCAACUUGAAGGCAAAAUUUAAAUUAACAAUUAUAUAAUUCAUGGUUUACUUAUAUGUUAAGUAACAAUACACGGUUUUCUUUUCCGGAUAAAGAUCAGUUUUUGGAUCUACCAACCCGUGUGCGCAUAUAAUGUCCAUGUUGGCAAUAAAAAAGGCAGUACCGAAUCCUAGUAAUCGUAUUUUGGCUACGAUGACACCAAUUAAAAAGAUUCCCCUCAGGUUAACACUAGAAGAAUUAUUUUUUGGAACAUUAAAGAAAAUGAGUUUUACAACUGAUGAUGGGCUACAAAAAGUAAUUGAUGUAAAAGUACCAUGUGGUAUACCGGCUGGUUUUGAAAUUGUAAAAUAUGACGAACAAAGAAACCUGAGGAUUUUCAUCACAGAAGAUUUACCGCACAAGACGUAUGUCCGGGAUGGAAUGAACCUUAUAAGCACAUUUGAUAUAUCAAUGCAAGACAUGUUAUGCGGUGCUGAAUUUACUAUUAAAACGUUAGACCACAAACGUUUACACAUUAAGAUCACUCAACCGAUUACGCCAACGUAUGUAAAAACUAUUCACGGUCAAGGAAUGCCGGGUUAUGGUGAUAAGAAAACUAGUAAAAGAGGUGAUAUUGUUUUAAAAUUUCGGGCGCAAAUGCCACCGUAUAUGCCUAUAGAAGAAUUAAACGAAUUGGAAUGGCCAAAGCAACAUUAAAAAAAAAACCGUGCAUCACCUGGCCAUCGUGAUCGGUAUUCAGCGAUGAUUGAUAACAAUAACAGA